CCAAGGCUACCGUACAGCCUCUUGCUGCAUAUAUAGACGAAGCUGCCGCCUGUGGAUCUCUCGCUGCUCCAGGAUACAAACAAAAGAAAAUCCAUCAGACUUUUAUACCUAUAUCUCUCUUCUACACACACACACACACACACACACACUCACACCCACGUCUGUGGAUUGCGCCUUUCCAAACCUCACACACAUUGGUCGCCUCUCACUGUCAGUGUGUCUCCUUCCUCAGUGCAAAUACACUCGUCCUACUCCCAGACAGAGGAGCAGUAAAGGGAUUGGCGUGGUGCGCGGUGCUUGGCUCCUGCUUUCUGGCUCUGAGGGUGCAAAGAAGCAGAUGGCAGUGUGAAGACAGGCUCAGCCAGAUAUGACUGCAGAACAAUGGCGGACGCCUGGUUGCCACAGGAAAUAGGAUUUAACAUGAUCAUGUGAUCUGACUCUCUUCCCAGUUCCCUUCCAUCUAUCAUCGCCUCAUUAACAGGGGAUCAUGACCCGUCGGCUGAGCAGCUCCACCCGUUCUCACACUGAGGACUCCAUCUUCCUGAGGCCGGAUGAAGACCCUGUCUGGCUGGAUGAGCCCACGAAGACUGAGAAAAGAGGUGAUGGAGCACCUAAAAAAGACAGACUCCCACAAAGCAAAGAUGGACCCACAGGAGGCCACGGUCCACAAGGAGAGGAGAUGUUUUUGCACAAGGUUUACACACUGUUGAUUGAGAUCCACUGCUGGGCUGCACUGUUUGCCAUCUCCCAAGUCACGGGGUACUGGGUGUUUUUUGUUGCGGAGGGAAAUGGCCUGUUCUCUUCCGUCUACAAAGCCCUGCAGGUCAUUGACUUCUACCUUAGCUUCAUCUUACCCUUCCACCCGAUCUUUGGAAUGGAUUCUGUGGAGCUGUCGAGGGAGAUGGCAAACACCACGCAGCAUAACUGGAUUGUUCAAGGGACUGCAGGCGUUGGUGUCGCCAUCUGUGUCAUCAUGGUUGUCCACAUGGUGUGUAAGUGGCGUUAUGGUACUAGGUUGUGUCCAUCAGGAACUGGGUCACGAGACAUCGGUGAUCGGCGUCAGUCAGUGAGUCGCCAGCCGUCCUUCACCCUGUCUGAGUGGACAGAUGCUCAGGAAGAUCUACUGGACCUUGACACUAUCCCCCAGACACCAGUCUUUGAGAUUGGUGCAGACACCAGGACAGAGGGAGAUGCUGCCACCCUCACUGUCACACCUGUGGGGCUUCAGGAGAGGAGGGGCUCCAACGUGUCCCUGACCUUGGACAUGUGCACUCCAGGCUGCACUGAGCCCUACGGCUAUGGAGCCCAGCUCUCCCCGAGAGACCAGUCAGCCCAAGAGUACCUGCGGCAGGGAACACACGUCCUGACCCCGGCCAUGCUACACACGCGGGCCAUGGAUGACCAGAGCCUGCAGGCAGAGUUUUAUGAAACUCCCAUGAACUUUGUGGACCCUAAGGAGUACAACUACCCAGGGCUGGUGAGAAAGAAUCGCUACAAAACCAUCUUACCCAACACACACAGCAGAGUGAUACUCCAAUCACAGGAGGAGGACGAUUUCCUCUCUACCUACAUAAAUGGCAAUUAUCUCAAAGGAUAUGAUGGUGAGGAUCAUGCAUACAUUGCCACUCAGGGUCCCACUGUGAACACAGUGGGGGAUUUCUGGAGGAUGGUGUGGCAAGAGAGAACUCCAAUCAUCGUGAUGAUCACCAACCUCGAGGAGAAAAACGAGAAAUGUGCAGAGUACUGGCCCGAGGACACUGUGACCCACGAGGGCAUCGAGAUCACCGUCGUCAGGGUAACCCAGGAGGACGACUACAGCCUGAGGGUGUUUACGCUUAAGUGUGACGAUGAGGAGCGCAGUCUGCGGCAGUACUGGUACACCUCAUGGCCUGAUCAAAAGACUCCAGACAAGGCUCCACCCCUGCUGGAAUUGGUACAGGAAGUGGAAAGAGCCCAAACAGAAGCCCCGCCCUCCAGCGGCCCAAUAAUUGUCCACUGCAGUGCUGGAAUCGGACGAACUGGCUGCUUCAUCGCCACCUCCAUCCUGUGCAAGCAGCUGAGGACUGAAGGCGUGGUGGACAUCCUGAGAACCACCUGCCAGCUCCGUCUGGACAGGGGUGGGAUGAUCCAGACGUGCGAGCAGUACCAGUUUGUGCAUCACGUCCUCAGCCUGUAUGAGAAGCAGCUGUCUCACACUGCUGAGGAAUAGUCGAGUGAGUGCUACAGCCAGACCGAGACACACCACUGUACACUGUACCGCCUCUGGUGGUAUGCACCACUGUACCUAUAGCGUCAUCUCAAUCUCACCCUUUAACAAGUUUCCACCCAUGGUAAUCUCUCCACUCAAGACAGGCUCACUCUGACAGGACUGAAUGGCUGAAAUCCGUGCUUAAUUGUAUGUCUUUGAGCAGAGCAAACAUGGGAAGAUGUGAUUCUAGAUAUCCCUCCACAAACCCCAAUCCCCACACAUCAGUGUUAUUGAUCCAUGCUGUUCCUGGAGAGUCACAACAGUUGAG